AUGAAAGAUGGUGAGAGUGACGGAGAGAGCAAUAGAAAGAGAGAGCUAGAGAGCAGACUGAUGCAGGAUGGUGAGAGCGACUGAGGGAGAGGGAGAGAGGUGGAGGAGAGGAGGGUGUGUGGGGGUGGUUUACAGUAGCAGGGUAAAAGCUUAUCUUGGUCUAUAAUGGCCACAUGUGACACUAACCUUUCCAGAGGUCCCCAGUGGGGAAUUGUGUUAUUAUCAAAUCAAAUUUACAUUUACAUUUAAGUCAUUUAGCAGACGCUCUUAUCCAGAGCGACUUACAGUUAGUGAGUGCAUACAUUAUUUAUGUUUCAUACUGGCCCCCCGUGGGAAUCGAACCCACAACCCUGGCGUUGCAAAUGCCAUGCUCUACCAACUGAGCUACAUCCCUGCCGGCCAUUCCCUCCUCUACCCUGGACGACGCUGGGCCAAUUGUGCGCCGCCCCAUGGGUCUCCCGGUCACGGCCGGCUACGACAGAACCUGGCAAAUGCUCGGCCUCCGACCGCAAGGCACUACAGAGGGUAGUGCGUACGGCCCAGUACAUCACUGGGGCCAAGCUUCCUGCCAUCCAGGACCUCUAUACCAGUCCCUAAAGAGGAAGGCCCUAAAAAUUGUCAAAGACUCCAGCCACCCUAGUCAUAGACUGUUCUCUCUGCUACCGCACGGCAAGCGGUACUGGAGCGCCAAGUCUAGGUCCAAAAGGCUUCUUAACAGCUUCUACCCCCAAGCCAUAAGACUCCUGAACAGCUAAUCAUGGCUACCCAGACUAUUUGCAUUGUUCCCCCCCACCCCAUAUUUUACGCUGCUGCUACUCUCAUCAUUGUCGGUGAUCAGAGAGUAGCAGCAGCGUAAAAGAUGGGGUGGGAGGGAACAAUGCAAAUAGUCUGCUAGUCUGGGUAGCCACAUGCACCGAAUACAACAGGUGUAGACCUUACAGUGAAAUGCUUACUUACAAGCCCUUAAACAAUAAUACCGUUUUAAGAAAAAUAAGUGUUAAGUAAAAAAUAGAUGAGUAAAAAAAUAAGUAAAAAUUAAAACAGUAGGGAGGCUAUAUAAAGGGGGUACUGGUACAGAGUCAAUGUGCGGAGGCACAGGUUAGUCGAGGUAAUUGAGGUAAUAUGUACAUGUGGGUAGAGUUAAAGUGAAUAUGCAUAGAUAAUAAACAGAAAGUAGCAGCAGCGUAAAAGAUGGGGUGGGGGGGAACAAUGCAAAUAGUCUGGGUAGCCAUGAUUAGCUGUUCCGGAGUCUUAUGGCUUGGGGGUAGAAGCUGUUAAGAAGCCUUUUGGACCUAGACUUGGCGCUCCGGUACCACUUGCCGUGCGGUAGCAGUGAGAACAGUCUAUGACUAGGGUGGCUGGAGUCUUUGACAAUUUUUAGGGCCUUCCUCUUUAGGGACUGGUAUAGAGGUCCUGGAUGGCAGGAAGCUUGGCCCCAGUAAUGUACUGGGCCGUACGCACUACCCUCUGUAGUGCCUUGCGGUCGGAGGCCGAGCAUUUGCCAUACCAGGCAGUGAUGCAACCAGUCAGGAUGCUCUCGAUGGUGCAGCUGUUUAACUUUUUGAGGAUCUGAGGAGCCAUGCCAAAUCUUUUCAGUCUCCUGAGGGGGAAUAGGCUUUGUCGUGCCCUCUUCACGACUGUCUUGGUGUGUUUGGACUUGGAGCUCUCAACCUGUUCCACUACAGCCCCGUCAAUGAGAAUGGGGGCGUGCUCAGUCCUGUAGUCCACAAUCAUCUCCUUUGUCUUGAUUACGUUGAGGGAGAGGUUGUUAUCCAGGCACCACACGGCCAUGUCUCUGACCUCCUCCCUAUAGGCUGUCUCAUCAUUGUCGGUGAUCAGGCCUAGCACUGUUGUGUCGUCGGCAAACUUAAUGAUGGUGUUGGUGUCAUGCCUGGCCAUGCAGUCAUGGGUGAACAAGGAGUACAGGAGGGGACUGAGCACGCACCCCUGAGGGGCCCCCGUGUUGAGGAUCAGCGUGGCAGAUGUGUUAUUACCUACCCUUACCACCUGGGGGUGGCCCGUCAGGAAGUCCAGGAUCCAGUUGUAGAGAGAGGUGUUUAGUCCCAGGGUCCUUAGCUUAGUGAUGAGCUUUGAGGGCACUAUGGUGUUGAACGCUGAGCUGUAGUCAAUGAAUAGCAUUCUCACGUAGGUGUUCCUCUUGUCCAGGAGGGAAAGGGCAAUGUGGAGUGCAAUAGAGACUGCAUCCUCUGUGGAUCUGUUGGGGCGGUAUGCAAAUUGGAGUGGGUCUAGGGUUUCUGGGAUAGUGGUGUUAAUGUGAGCCAUGACCAGCCUUUCAAAGCACUUCAUGGCUACAGACGUGAGUGCAACGGGUCGGAAGUCAUUUAGGCUGGUUAUAUUAGUGUUCUUGGGCAAAGGGACUAUGAUGGUCUGUUUGAAACAUGUUGGUAUUACAGACUCAGUCAGGGAAAUGUUGACAAUGUCAGUGAAGACACUUGCCAGUUGGUCAGCGCAUGCUUGGAGUACACGUCCUGUUAAUCCGUCUGGCCCUGCGGCCUUGUGAAUGUUGACCUGCUUAAAAGUCUUACUCACAUUGGCUACGGAGAGCGUGAUCACAUAGUCAUCCGGAAACAGUUGAUGCUCUCAUGCAUGCUUCAGUGCAGAACAUAGAAGUGAUUUAGCUCGUCUGGUAGGCACGUGUCACUGGGCAGUUCGUGGCUGUGCUUCCCUUUGUAGUCCGUAAUAGUUUGCAAGCCCUGCCACAUCCGACGAGCAUCAGAGCCGGUGUGAGUCAAGAGCAAGAGUAGUGGAAAUCACUGAGGAUGGACCCUGUGUUUACCAAUGCAAUUAUUUCAGUGACACACACACAUGCACACACAUGCAGACACACACAUGCAUGCACCUACAUACUAAUACACACGCAUUGUGACCAACAAGCCGCUAUACAUGUGCAUGUUACCUCUCAUCUUUCAUCUCUCAUAGCCUCACUGUCCUUUCUGUACAACACACUCACAAAUGAACUAAGGGUCACCAUCUGAGUCUAGUGUAGAAUCUAGACCUUCUCCAAGAACCCUGGCAGGACAGAUACAUCACUGACACUCACAGAUGUUCUGUAUGGACCAACCAGGCCUCAUAUGAAACGCAACUGGACUGAAUUACAAUAGUAGAGAGAAUAGAUUGAAUGGUAAGAUGUUGGCUGAAGAAAUAGUGAGCAUUGAACCAUUCAAAUCAUGCAAACAGCGAGAGGCUGAAUUUGGAUCCAGGGCCAAGGAGUUCAGCAUUGUGUACAUCAAGAACUUUGGCAUCAACAGCGAGGCAUAGUUGACAUGGUGAGUGUUUGGCAGAUGUGUCUUGUGUAGCCUACUGUGGUAUAUUAUCUUGUGUUUCGUGUCUGUUUAGUUGGCCUUUUUAUUGAGUUGAGGAUGAUUCUGUCCUUUUCAGGUACAGAGAGUCGAAUCCAGUGGAUUCGGCUUCCUCAGUUUCAAAAGGCAUGAGGAUGCACAGAAGGUGAGAGAUGCCAUCCAUUAUUGUCACUGUCUAGAUGUGGUACAGAGCUCAGUGUCUGGGAGUCCAGUGUCUCAUUGGAGUGUAUCUGACUUCUUUAGGCUGUGGAUCAGAUGAAUGGGAUGGAGGUGAACGGGAGGUGGAUCUAUGUGGGCCGCGCCCAGAAGAAAGGCGCAACAAGCUCUCACAGUCUCAUGUCAGAAUUAGACGUCCAUCCAUAUUUUCUCAAACGUAGAAUAUCAAAGUGUUUAAGAUUAAGUUUAGGCAUUAACUCCAAAUUGUUAAGAUUAGGCAUUAACUGCGAAUGGUUAGGGUAAGGGCUAAGGUUUGAGAUGGGCUUAAAACAAACAUCUAAAAGGUGGCCAGUUUCUACGUCAUCUCCUGACGUCCUCAGAAAUGGAUGGACGUCUAAUCCUGAUUUGUACCACCGGUGACCUGGCUGGAAAUGCGAGUGUCAGACGGUGCUAAAAUACAGGAUUGAGCAGAGGAAGAAUGCCGCAUUAUCGGAGUCAACCUGUACGUGAAGAAUCUGGAUGAUAGCUGGGACGGUCAUCAUCUCCAGAAAGAGUGUUGCCGCUUUGGAACAAAGCGUCAUGGCUGUCCCCAACCCAAUCAUCAUCAACCCCAACCAGCCUGCACCCCCCAUUAUGGUCCAGAAUAUUCCUGUCAUGCAUCCAUGCACCAUGAGUGCCUCAUCCUCCCAUCUGAUGAUGCAGCAUAUAUGUAAAUUAUGGAGUCAUUUUUGCUACAGCUCCCAUACCAUUUACCUUGAAUGUCUUUAGUUGGAAGAAUGCUGGCUAAUGUCAUCAUCACAUCUUCGAUCAUGAAUAACUUCUCCCCAGCUACCCAGGCAGCCAUAGUGAGCAAUGCCUCACAAAACCUCUCAGCAGGAAAUGAAUGCCAUGCUUCAGGUCCACAUGCAACAGCUUGCUGUCUGUAUCCAGGAGCCUCUGACUGCUUCCAUGCUGUCAACCUUGUCCCUUGAGAACCACAAAUAAAGUCUGUGUGAGUCUGGCAUCCAUCUCUCUUUUCAAUUAACUUCCUCAUUCAAGAACUUGUGACCCUCCAUUCCAUGGUCAUUUCUGAUGGUUUAUUUUCCUCUCCCUCCCUCCAGGUCAGACCCUUUACCUCCUGAUUCACACCACACACCCCAGUCUGGCGGCAGAAAUCACAGGCAUGCUCGUGGAGCUGCUUCCCAUGCUGGAGUCCCCACAGACCCUGCCCGCUAAGGUGGAGGAUGCAUCCGCUGUCUACGAAGCCCACGUGGUCCAAGCCAAAACACCUGCCCCAAUGGCUUAA